AUGGCAUUCAAUUGCGUUCAAAAUACAUUACUUUCUCACUGCACGGUCACUCUCUCUCUUCCUCUAUCUUUUUUUCUUUCUUUUUUUCUCGCUUUCUCUUUCCCUCUCAUUUUUCUCUCUCUUUCUCUCUUCUCUCUCUCUCUCUCUCUCUCUGUGUUCAAGUUUCUUCGCAUCGCUUCUUAUAAGGUUCUUUUUGUCUAUAAAUUUCUAUUUUGUAUUAUUUUAAAAUUCUUUCCUUUCUUUCACAUUAAAUUUUGCCCUGCAAUUUUUGUAAACAUACUUUCUUUUCUCUUGUUUCUUUCUUUUUUUAUUUUCUAUUUUCUUUACUCAUUCAAUAUUUCUUUACAUUCUCUGUUUUUUUUCCAUGUUCACUUUAUGCUUUAUUUUACUAAUUUUAUUGUUUCUAUUUCUCCUUCUAUUUUUCGCACACUUUCAGUAUUUUCUUUCGUUUCUUCUUUUAUUUCUGUUCCUAUUCUUUUCGCUUUUCACAUUUUAUUCUUUUCGUUUAUUGAUUCUGUUUUUUUUUUUCUUUUCUGUUUGUAUAUCGUUUUUUUUUCUUUUCGCAAUUUUUUCUUUUCAUUUCCUGUUAUCUUUUACGCAUUUUCUAUUUCUUUAUUCAGAAUUUAUUUUUCUUUUCUUUUUUUUUCUUUUCUUGGUAUUUCGUUUUCUUUUUCUCAUUGUCCAUUUAAUUUUUUCUAUCGAUUUUAUUUUUUUACUUUGCAUAUAUUAUCUCACGCGGUUUUUUCUGUUUUAUACUUGCUUUUUCUCGCUUUUUUUUUCAAAUCUUUCUGUUCAUCGUUUACAAAUUUCCAUGUAAAUUUAUUAAAUUGUUUAUCUAUAUGCCUCUUCCUCUUUUUCUCUUCGUUAUCUUUUUCACAUCUCCCUCUUUCUAUUUCCCUAUUUCAUUAUUUCUAUCAAUUACUUUUUCUUUUUCCUUCUUUCUAUAUUCUUCUUUCUUUUCUUCCCUUUCCUACAUAUCUAUCUCCCUCUUUCUUUUAUACCUCUUUUUCAUCCCUCGCUUUCUUUUUAUUUGACCUUCUUAUGGUUCAUUUUAUUAUUUAUUUCGUUUCGUCAUUUAUCUUAAUUUUUGUUUAUUUCUUUUACUCAUUUCUUUCUUUCUUUCUUUCUUUCUUUCUUUCUAAAAUUCUUAUUUUUCUUUCUUUCUUUAGUAUUCAAUUUACUUUCUUUCAUCCGUUCCUGAGUUUGUUUUCUCUUUCUUUCUUUUAUUUUGGUGGAGAUUAUUUGCUUAGUUGGUUUCAGAAUUUUUCUUUCUUCAUGUUUCAUGUCUUUGUUUCUUUGUUUACUUCUUUCUUUCCUUCUUUUCCUCUUUCACUUAACUGUCAUUCUUUCUCCGUUUCUGUCUCUUCAUUUAUUUUUCUUCCUUUUUUAUUCGUCGUUUCCUUAGUCCGAUCUUCGCUUAAUUAUUUAUUCCUCUUCUUUCUCCAAAUUCAAGUGUUUGUCAAAUAUCAUUCUUUCUGUUUGUUUUUUUUAUCUCCCUCCAUUCGUUCCAUUCAUCUUUACCUUUUUCCUCAUUUCUUUCUGUUUUCUUUAAUAUCCUUCUUUCCUUUCUUUUUCUUGUUUUUACUCUUUUCUUUCUUUCUUUAUUUCUUUUCCUUUUUCUUGCUGACUUUCUGUCAUUUUUUCCUCCUUUCUUUCUUACUUUUUUCUUUUAUUUUUCUCUUCUUACUUUUUAUUUUAAUUUUUCUUUGUUUCUUUAUUUUUCGCUCUUUUCUUUCUUUCUUUCUUUCUUUCUUUCUUUCUUUCCUUCUUGUUGUUGUUGCUAUUUCAUUUAACCACUCUGUUUCUUUUCUGCGUAAAACCUUCCAUUUCUUUCCUUUUUUUUUCUUAAUAUGUAGUACUGUUUUUCCCCCUUUGCUCUCUAUUCUCUCUUUUCUUUCUUUCUUUCUUUCUUUCUUUCUUUCUUUCUUUCUUUCUUAA